GCCGUCGGCCGCGCGCCGCCGUCUCUCCACCGGGCAGGAGACGUUCCGCAGCCACCUACAGCAGCGCGUCAGCAUCGCCGAGAUCAAGGGUCAGGGCCGACAGAGCCUCAAGACGAGGCCGCAGCCGCGCACCCGGUUCGACGCGCUGCGUGACGGCGCCACCUCGCGGCCGUACGAGGACUACAUGGGCAGCAGGCCGGCCGGCCAGUCGGGUCCGUCGGCGGUCGAAGCGUACGACUUCUUCUGCCGCGUCUGGGAGGACACCACCGAGGCCCAGAGACCGGCCACACCGCCGCCCGAUCCCGCAGAGGAGGGCGCCGGCGAGUCCCGGCCGCUGGUAGAGCUGCUGGGUGGUGAGGUGGAGCCGCUCACCCGUCACGUGCCCCCGCUGAUCCUCUCGCGGAAGGCACAGCGGGAGCGGGAGGCGGAGCUGUACUUCGCGCCGGCUCUGAUGCCCCCGGCCCUGGAGGAGCGGCUGCCCCCCGGCGGCCAGCUGCGGGACCUGGCCGAGGACGGCAUCUAUGUAGCGCACCGGCCGCUCCGUGUAUCGCGCAACCUGCACAAGCUGGAGAACCGGUUGCUGCGCCACUCGGGCAGGUCUUGGUUCGGCGAAGAUGGCCAGUUGAUCUGUCUCCCGGACCCGCUCCUAAACCGGCCCUGCCACCAUGACUACAAGGACGUGUCAGAUGACGUGCUCACAGACUACAUUCCAGCGUCGCUGGACCUGCUGAAGGCGGAGCCGGAGCCGCGAGGCGACCAAGACCUGCGGCUGCAGCUGCACGUGCACGUGCUGUCGGUGGAGCUGCUGCAGCACCCGCUCUUCUCGCGGCAGCACCAGGCGGCGGCGGCGCUCUCCGAGCUGCACGAGGAGUACACCAAGAUGGUGCGGGACGACACGGUGGAGCGGCUGACGCAGCGGCUGUCGAUCCUGCGCCGGUGGCGCGAGCUGAAGGGCCUGCGCGAGGACCAGGGCUUCAGCAGCACACCGCUGCGGCUGGUGGUGCGCGACCUGAGCGUGGACGCCGGCCAGGAGGCGGAGCGCUGGCGGCAGGAGCUCUACCAGCAGGAGCUGUCCGAAUGGAAGAAGCGACGCCACGAGCUGGCCGGCGAUAACCGGCGGCCGCCGGGCGAGCCCAGGCUGGCGUUCGAUCUGCUGGACACGCACCCGGUGACGGAGCUGGCUGACUGUCCCAAGUACGUCCGCCGCCCGGCCGACCCGCUGUCGGUGCGCGCGUUCGUCGGCGCGCGCGAGGUGAGCCGCACGCGCUCGCAGCCGCUCACACAGCAGAUGACGGCCGCGUUCGAGCAGCUGUUCGCCGUGCGGCUGCGCCACGCCCCCGACGCCGUCCAGCUGUGGGCGUGCGAGGAGGGCAGCCUCUCCAGCCGCACGGGCGAGGUGCUGGCACCGCCAGAUGCCGCCGGCGGCCUGGCAGUGGACGCCGCCCUGCUGCCCGGGCCCGACCCCAACGACCCGGCCGAGCUCGGCCUGACCGGCCAGGACCUGGCGAGCUUGCGCUGCCGCCUGCUGCGCCUGAGGCACGCCGGCGUGCCAGAGUUUCGCCACGUCACCAUGACGCCGCUGCGCGAGCAGCAGGUGCCGCAGCAGCUGUUCACGACGUACCAGAAGCGUCUGGAGGCGCAGUCGGACGCGGCGGAGGCGGUUGGUAACGGCGGCGGCGGCGGCGGCGGCGGUGGCGCGGAGUCCGCGCGCCGGUCGGUGCUGCAGUACCAGCUGCGCAUCAAGGAGAUGGUGGCUCGACGCUUCAGGGCGGCGCAGAAGCAUAAACGUCUCUCGGACGUGGUCCGCGAGGACCAGGUCCCCGACAUCGGGACGAUUGGGUCCGUGUUCGGCAGCCUGUUCUCCCCGCGUCGUCCCCUGAACCCGCCGCGGAGGCAGAAGAAGUCGCGUCCAUUCGUCGACAUCCAGGGUCAGGAGCUGCGCCUCAUAUGUCACGUGGUGCGCGCGUUCAACGUGCCAGUUCGCCGGGACGUGGACACAGUGCGGACGGACUUCAGCCGACCGGCCGCCGGCGCCGCCACAGUGGCCCAGUCCAGUCUGCUGCCCGAGGUGUCGGUGCGGCCGUUCAUGGAGCUCACCUUCCAGCGCCACACAGUUCGCUCGAACGUGGCUGAGGGCGCCAACCCCACCUGGAACCAGGACCUCAAGCUGCCUGUCACGAUGCCGGCCCACGAGUCAGCCGACCUCAAGUGCCUGGACGACGCCAUCUACCUGAGCCUACAGGACGAGGUGCUGGUCGACCUGCUGGAGGACGACCGCCAGGUGGACACCAACAUCCACCAGCGGAUCGAGCGGCGCUGGCUGGCCGAGCUGCGCAUCCCCUUCUCCACGCUUUACAUCAACGGACGGGUGGAGGGCACGUUCCGCCUGAACACGCCGCCGCUGCUGAUCGGCUACGAGUGUGACGUCACGGCGCGUGGCACCGUGUUCCACCUGACCGAGAGCCUGCCGACCGGCCAGUCGGGCACGUACGUCACCGUCUUCAUGACACUGGAGCCGCCCCUCAACAUCCCGCCCAUGGUGCAGGAGCGGCUGGACAGUAUGGAGUCGGAGAAGCUGCUAGACCACUGCGAGGCGUGGACGCGUGACUACCAGCGGGCGUUCGCCGGGCGUCGGGUGCGCUGCACAGUGAUGGACGUGACGGGCCGCUCGGCGCUCGUCUGCCGCUACAUCCGGCCCCUGCGGCCACCGGACGCCGUGCUAGCCGGCUCCUCCAACGAGGACGACCAGGCGCGCAUCGUGGCCCGCUUCGUCUCGCUCAUCCCCAACAUCUCGGACGUCAACUUUUUCUCCGGCAUGUACGACCUCUGGACCACCUGCCAGGAAUUUCUGGACAUGCAGGCUGGUGACGAGGAGGAGCACGCCAUUCUCCUUUGCAACUUCUUCCUGUAUCUCGGCAAGCGAGCCUACCUGGUGCUCGGCUCGGGAAUCCCGGAGGGCCAGACGGCGUACGUGCUGACGGACGAGGCGACGGACCGCUUCCUGUGGAACCCGUGUUCCGGCCAGCGCAGCAGCGUCACCGAGAGUUUCAGCUACCUGCAGAACGUCGGCUGCCUCAUCAACGCAGACAACGUGUGGGCCAACACGCAGGUGUACGGCCACCCGGCCGGCAUGGCGUUCGACGUCAACCUGGUGCGCGACUGGCGGCCGCUAUUCUCGAGCCGCCACCCGGCGCCGGCCGACCGGCUGGAGCGCCGACUGCGCGAUCUGCUGCAGGCCUGGCGGCAGCGCUCCAAAUGGACGCUGUGGAACGGGUCGUGCUCGAAGGCGUUGCGGCGUAUGCUGCCGCUGCUGGAGCGGUCCACCUUCACACCGGCGCUGACCCCGACCCAGCUGGCCGACGAACAGACCCGGAUGCUCGCCAACAUACACGCCACGUACAAGGUGUGCGGCGUGCCGUUGAACGUGCCGUACCACUCGCACGAGGCCGUCGUCGAGUCGCUGUUCGCCCUGGGCGUGCACAAGAACGACAGCCGCGACGCCGAGUUCGCGCUGGCCGUCCACAUGGAGCCGUACCCGAGCGACAUCGUCUCCGUCUGGGUGUACGUAGCUGCGCUCACCAAGCGCCGCUGAGCGCAGAGACAUCUGGUGACAAUUGACGGAACGUGACAGUCGCCGGAGCUACGACGGAUGCCGCGUCGGCGGCCGCAGCGACUCGAAUGCUCGUUGUCUGGUGCUCGUUGUCGAUGUCUAUCCUCCUUGAUGAGAAGAACUGCUGAUGUGUGUGGUGAACGCGUCAUUUUGCGAUCGCCGAGUGGGUUGCGUGCGACUCAAAUUGAACAACCAGUUUAUCAACAAGACUGGACAAGGUCUUCAAGUUGUUGCCAACUUCUAGUCAUUAGCAUUCCAUCCAUUUCCACUCAGUGGACCUUUCUAGUCAGCUGGUUGCAGCUUUUUUACUUAAAAUUGUGUUAUGUGUAUGUCUAGUCGUGAACCAGCCCGUGUACCUGUCCCGAUCUCGUAGUAUGGCACUGAUGUGAAGACGCUUGAUGUGAACGGCGCUUGCUUUGUAGUAUUUGGCAUGACACGCGUGUUCUGCACGUAACCGCACGAAUGCUGCUGAAUAUUAUUCUGCGUUUGGCUGACUGUAUUUGAAUUAUCCAGGCUGAAUCUGUAUUCGGACUAUCCGUAACUGGUCCUUCGUUUGCGCUAGAGUGCUGAUGAAAUACGGCGU